UCCUGACUCGUUCGUUCAAGAACGGCUCAUCAUUCAUCUCGGAUGUUCGUUAAUUUUUCUGAUUCUGUGUAAUCUUGAAUCUUGUCUCUACGCCUUCACCUUGGACGUACAAAGGAAGACUUAAGUAGAAAAAUGUCUUUUCCAGUUUUAAGGAGGAUCGCUUCCACGUUUCCGUUAACACGAAGUAUCGAACAGCAGCUAAGAACGGCAGCUACCUUGUCAUAUUUUGAUAUACAGCAUAAAACACCAGUGACUAGAAAAUUUAAAGAUAUUCCAAAAGCUCAAUAUGGUGGAAGGCACACAGUCACCAUGCUUCCAGGUGGAGGUAUUGGUCCAGAAUUGAUGGAAUAUGUUAAGGAAAUUUUCAGAGUUGGAGGUAUACCUGUUGAUUUUGAAGUAAUUAAAAUUGAUCCAUCAAGUGAAGGAAACGAUGACCUUGAGUAUGCUAUAACAUCAAUAAAACGGAAUGGGGUGGCGAUCAAAGGAAACAUUGAAACUGGAAGUCUGGAUGCUGACAUCAUUUCUAGGAAUGUUGCCUUGAGAAAUGAGCUCGAUUUAUAUGUCAAUGUUUUGAACUGUAAAUCGUACGAAGGCGUACCUGCUAGAUAUUCAAAUGUUGAUAUUAUUAUUGUAAGGCAAAAUACAGAAGGUGAAUACUCAAUGUUGGAACAUGAGAGUGUCAACGGUGUAGUGGAAAGCAUGAAGAUUGUCACUGAAGAUAAUUCAGAACGAGUGGCAAGAUUUGCUUUUGAAUUUGCAAAAAAAAAUGGCCGUAAGAAGGUUACAACAAUCCAUAAAGCCAACAUUAUGAAACUUUCGGAUGGUUUAUUCUUGGAAAUUUCGAGAAGAAUAGCUGAGGAAUAUCCUGAAAUAGAACACAACGACAUGAUCAUUGAUAACUGCUGCAUGCAACUUGUUUCAAACCCCUACCAAUUUGACGUCAUGAACAUGACAAAUUUAUAUGGAACCAUCGUUUCCAAUGUUAUUUGCGGUUUAAUAGGAGGAGCUGGACUGCUUUCAGGAAGAAAUUAUGGUGACAAUUAUGCAAUCUUUGAGCCUGGAACCAGAAACACAGGUACAGCAAUCGCUGGUAAAAAUAUAGCAAACCCUAUUGCUAUGCUCAAUGCAGCUGUCGACAUGUUGCAACAUCUUGGACACAGUACCCAUGCCGAGAUUUUAUCCCAGGCAAUUAAUGAUACAAUAAAAGUAGACAAAAUACUUACUGCUGACCUUGGAGGUACCGCAAGUUCAACUGAAGUCAUUCAAAAUAUUGUCAAGUAUGUGCUUGAUGCAACCAAGUCCAUGAAGUGUUUCCGAAAAUAGAUUUGCUGGAUUCCAACCCAUUAUUGUCUUACAAUCGACAAAUUUUAACUGUUACAGGACUACUCAUUAAAGGAUGUAAUAAGGUAUUUUACAGUAUUUAAAUUUACGUUUCCCUUUGCCACAUAAGAAUUGUUAUUACCUUUACAAUAUUAAACAAUUGAAAGUAUAUCAAUUGAUAGUAUUAAUUUAUUUUUUGUCAUUACUUUGUUUGUAAUCUUAUAAAUUGUACAAUAUAAAUUGUAAUGUCUACAUUAUUAUGUUAUAACUGUUGCAGUUUAUUCAUCCUAGAAUUGUUUAUAUUUGACAAAUAAUUAACUUACUUUCAUCCACCUAGACUGUUGAACAGCUAAACUGAUUGUUGAAUGAUUUGUUGCUAUAGGAAAUGAUUUUGGAUGGUCAAUUUUUUUAAAAUUUAAUUAGAAUUCUAUGGAUGUUGAAUUUUGAUUAUAAAUGUGAUUUUGAAGUUAAACUUGUAGUUUUAUUUUUGAAAAUCUAAUAAAAAAUAAAAUAUUGAUGUUGUUAAAUAUUGCACUAAUAUUUAUCCCACAAAUUAUUAUAAAUAAAAAUAGAUUAGCCUGUAUUCACUUUGUCUCAUUUUAAACAAGUUUCAUACAAAAUUAUGAACAAGUCAUGGCCAUAGUAAACCUAAUCGCUCUGAUGAUACUACACUUUUGGAUUAAGUAUUCACAUAUCACACAUAUUUCUUAAUUAAAUCAAUUUUAUUUGUCUGUAUAAUGAAAGAGGAAACUAUUUUCUAGAUGGUACAUAAUUUUAGUUGGUGUAAUUUGCAGGUUGACAUGUGUUUCAUCCACCAAUAAAAUAAACACGUACUUAUUACACAAUUGGUAUGGUAAUUUUUUUUACAUGAAAAUAUGUUUUGUGCUGGAUGCACAAUUAUUUGCAUGACUAUUUUCAUGGAAUUGAUUUUGUGUGGCGAGUGUGCAUAGGUUGGAGUGAGUAGUGGUAGGGUUAAGUUAGGGAAGGCUAGGUAACAUUGAGUUAGGUAAGGUUAAGGUUGGUUACAUAUAUCCUUGAUUCAAUUUUUUUUUUUUUUUUUCCAUGAACC